GAGAGUGAGUGAGUGAGAGUGUGUGUGUGUGUGUGUGUGUGUGUAGAACGUGUGAACGGCUCGCCGGAGUAUGCUGGCCAGAGGCGGGAGCGCUGGGCGUGAGUGAAGAAGAGGAGAGGAGAGGCGAGCCUCGGCACUUUCCACUGAAUACCCAGCUGGUUCAUCGCCGCUGAAACUGGACCGGGCUCAGACCAUGGGGCGGUGCAACGGGCGAUGCACUCUGAUCAUUCUCUGCACUCUGCAGCUGGUAGCGGCUUUGGAGCGACAGAUCUUUGACUUCCUCGGCUACCAAUGGGUCCCGAUACUCGCCAACUUUUUACACAUUAUGUCAAUCAUCCUUGGUAUCUUUGGAACCAUCCAAUACAGACCAAAGUACUUGGUGAUGUACGCAGGAUGGCUGGUGCUGUGGGUGGCAUGGAACGCAUUCAUCAUCUGCUUUUAUCUAGAAGUUGGCCAAUUGUCGCAGGACAGGGACUUUGUCAUGACCUUCAACACCUCGCUCCACCGCUCGUGGUGGAUGGAGAAUGGACCGGGUUGCGUUGUGACCCCGGUGACGCCGGCCGACCAUUCGCCCCAGGACCACCACGUGAUCACGGUGGCGGGAUGCCUGCUCGACUACCAGUACAUCGAAGUCACCAGCAGUUCCUUACAGAUCUUCCUUGCACUCUGUGGCUUUGUCUACGCCUGUUACGUCAGUAAAGUGUUUCUGGAAGAGGAGGACAGUUUUGAUUUUAUCGGAGGAUUUGAUUCCUACGGGUACCAGGCCCCUCAGAAGACGUCCCAUUUGCAGUUGCAGCCUCUAUACACGAUUCCAUCCAGGAGCACUGGUCAGGGUAAACAGGGGACUUCCUGGUCGUAGGGAGCCGGGGCGCAGAAAACAAGGGCCACAGGCACGGUCUGCAACCGAGCACCAAGAGCAGACACUGUUUGGGGAUAUUGUCGAAGAAUCAGAACGCUCCAUGAGGCACGGAGUGAGGGAGAGGGAGAGGGAGCGACGUACAGGAGGAUUGUAGGGAAUUCAGACAAAGAAACCUCAGUGGUAACCAGUUAUAAAUGUCAUUGAAACUUCACAGAACAACAGAGAAUUUUGGUACUUUUAGGAUUAGGCAGGUACAGUGGCGCCCUCUGAUGUUGGAUGUCCAAUGCGACUGGCUGUAUUCACAAAGCAGUCCAUCUCCCCCCAUGCAAGGUGAACGCCCAUGGAAUGAGGAAUGUUUUAACACUUACAGGCAGGUGGCGCCACCACCGACUCAGGCCAAGGACAAGUGGAGCAGUUGGUGUUGUGGGCCCCAGCGUUUUACUUUGUAACCAGCCAAGAGAGGGGAUGGUGUCUGCUCCCAUUGUCCAGUUGGAAAAGAAAGUAUGUGCAGUUUUUUUGGAGGGUUUUUUUUUUUUUUGAUCUCUCUUUUACCAAAGACUUCAGUCCAAGCUGAAGCUGAGUUGCAAAGAUUGCUGCAACACUUCCAACUCCAACUGGCCUUUCACGGUUUUAAAGUCAUGAGCACCAAGAUGUGGACACAGGCAAGGCCGUCGACUGGAUGCGAUGCAAGAAAAGGCUGGUUGGGAGAAUUCUCCGGUUCAGUUUGUGUUUGAGGUUCACUACAUGCUUACCCGGGUGUGUCUACAUUGCACCAAUUUUCUUUCUUCUAAAGGACCACUGUGAUUCAGUCUUAUGUCACUGCAAGUCCAAAUGAAAUCGAUUGUCCCCCCCAAUCCCUUUCUUUAUCUAAUUUCCUGGCGGUUUUGUGGUUAGCGUCAGCGUUUAUUCUGGUGAUCUCCGUUUCAGGACUAAAGCUUUUCACUGUACCUCGGUACAGGUGGCAAUGAACUAAACUCAAACUCAUGACUUUGGCAAUAGUUUUCCACUCUUCGGAAUCCAUUCCACAGAUAAACAGGAUUUGGUGCCAUAAAAGCAGUUACCACACAAUUUGCCUCUCCCCCCCCCCCCCCCCUCGUCCCCUCCCCCUCCUUAGCCAAGAAAUGACCGACGUAAUCGUGAAAGGUCUGGAUAGAAUGGAUGUGGAGAGGAUGUUUCCACUAGUGGGAUAGUCUAGGUCCAGAGGCCAUAGCCUCAGAAUAACAGGACAUACCUUUAGAAAGGAGAUAAGGACAUUUUUAUUUAGUCAGAGGGUGGUGAAUCUGUGGAAUUCAUUGCCACAGAAAGCUGUGGUGACCAAAUCGAUGGAUGUUUUUAAGGUGGAGUUUGAUCGAUUAGUAAGAGUGCCAAGGUUUAUGGGGAGAAGGCAGGAGAAUGGGGUUGAGGGAAAGAUAGACCAGCCAUGAUUGGAUGGCAAAGUAGACUUGAUGGGCCGAAUGGCCUAAUUCGGCUCCUACAACUUAUGAACCCAUAAGUGGAUUCCAAACCAUCUCAAGUCAGUAGGCCUGUCCCCCUUGGCUUUGGUUUGACUGUCACUCCCCAAAUGGUUUCCAUUGCAACAGCAAGCCUGAAUGAAGAAAUGUCAACUGGGAUGAAGUGGGGUUCCAAUGUCCCCAAUGUUCAGUGAUACCUAUUGUCUGAGAGGAUAUAAGAUAUUUCAGGAGGCAGAUAACCUCUGAGGUAUCAUCCGAUAUUUUUGGGGGGGAGAGGGGGGAGUUUAUUGUUCCAUGAUGUAUUUUCUGGAUAAAUGGUUGUCAUUUGUGGUAGGGGUAAGAGUAACCCAGUUGACCUCAUGGUCCAUGUUGUUGGGGUUUUGUGGCCUUGUCUAUGCAUUUGAGGUGACCGGGCCACAGGGUGAAUGGUGAGCGGGGUCAAGGUUGGGAGGGUGGUACCUCCAGCCCAUUCUUGAUGUCCUGCCGAUGGUUUGUAUCCGGUCCUUUAGGUCGUUGUGCUGUUUGACGUUUCGAAGCUAUCAGGGCUGGGGUGGGAUUAGUGCUAGGGGGGUGGGCAAGGUGGAGAUGCUUCUUGCAUCACCCAUGAAGAUCUGGAGGACACUCCAGGAGUUCUACUGAGUUGGGUGGUUUGAGGAGCCCGAUGAACGUGCGCUGUGACUCUGGCGAGCAGUGCUCUUGGUGCUGGAAGGUUCACCUGUGGCCCAUCAGUUGGCGGGGUCGUGCUUUUCCCCCUCCCUGCUUGUCCUCCAUCGCUCAUCCCAAGAAGAAAAUGGGAACCUGCAAAAAAAAUUGUUGCCUUUGUAAGCUCCGGUUGCAGGAAAGAUGUUCCAGAUGUUGGGGGAGUCCAGAACCAGGGGUCACAGUUGAAGAAUAAGGGGUAGGCUUUUUCGGACUGAGAUGAGGAAAAUCUUUUUCACCCAGAGAGUUGUGAAUCUGUGGGAUUCUCUGCCACAGAAGGAGGCCAAUUCACUGGAUGUUUUCAAGAGAGAGUUAGAUUUAGCUCUUGGGGCUAACGGAAUCAAGGGAUAUGAGGGAAUAAACAGGAAUGGGGUACAGGUUUUGGAUGAUCAUAUUGAAUGGCGAUGCUGGCUCAAAGGGCCGAAUGGCCUACUCCUGCACCUAUUUUCUAUGUUUCUAUGAAGAGCAGGCGUUUGUUAUAUUGGGUUGCCGGGGAACAUUGGUCAUGAACUGUCACUAAGUUCAACAGAUACCAUGGGAACAUCCUCAAGAAGAGGUCAUUCAGUUCUUGGGCUUUUUAACAGCGAUGAACCUUUCCCCCUUGGCUUGCGUCACCCUGCAGUAACACAACCACAGCCCAGUAGGCAGAAAGGUAGCUGGAAUGUUUAUUUCGUCAUGUGGGCACUGUAGGCAUUGUUCGGCAUGAGUGGCAUUCGACGCCCAUUUUUAAUCGCCCUUGAUAAGGUGAUGGGGAGUCCAGUUGGUGUACUGCCGUGGCCUGACUGAUGAAAGUACUCCCGCAGUGCCGUCGGGGAGAAAUGCCGCCACGUAGACCCACGCCAGCGGAGCGACGGGGCGCAACGUUGGGAAGGUGCGAGAUGGAGGGGGCACACCCCCAGUUGUGGCGAUCUCCUUGCGUAGAUGCUGCCCUGGUAGAGAGCAGGAGAUGCAUGGGUGGUGACCAGCAGCCCUGCCAUGAUGAAAUGCCUGGCCUCCACCUCAAUGCACCAAUGUCAAUAAACCGAGCUGACCCUGAUGGUACUUAAUGCCAGGUUGGAUGUAGGGCUUACCAGGGAGGCUGAGGGAGCAGGAAUGUUGUUCCAGUUCCAGCACUUUUCCAAGGCUUAGACCUGUCUUGUGAAUACAGCCACCGGGCCAGACGCCUUAAGACUUUUUUUGACAACCUACCGAAUGUGUAUCACAGCUUUUCUGCCACACAUUAUCUUUGAAAAUGUUGGUGUACAAGAUUAUCACUGAAUUUUGUAAUAGCUGAUGGAAAAAUAAAAUGAAGGCUGCCGCCAGUUUUAAUAGUA